CUGGUGAAAUAGCCAAUCAGGAAUGGCGGCGACCUCUUUCAGGAAGUGAGCUUGGAGUCGGUGUCGCGUCCGAAGAAAAAACAAGCUAACAGGCUAACAGAAUCAAAGUCAUGUCUUUAACACUAGUGACGUCUAAACACAGACUCAGGGCCUUCUACAGACUUCAUCGAAUCCAAGGACACAUGAUGUCCAGUCGCGAGGAGCCCGAGGUUCUCCUGGAGAAGGUUUGCCGGACAGGUGUGAUCACCCUGAACAGGCCCAAAGUGCUCAACGCCCUCAACUUGACCAUGAUCCGAUCCAUCUACCCUCAGCUCAAGAAAUGGGAGAGUGACGGCGACACGGACCUUGUGAUCAUCAAAGGGGCAGGCGGGAAAGCCUUCUGCGCCGGCGGCGACGUCCGAGCGCUGACCGAAGCAGGGAAAGUUGGCGAUCCCCUAACCAAGAACUUGUUCCGUGAGGAAUACACUCUGAACUACGCCAUCGGAACGUGCCGGAAACCGUUUAUUGCCUUCAUUGACGGAAUAACAAUGGGAGGGGGGGUCGGACUGUCAGUUCACGGACGUUAUCGAGUGGCCACCGAGAGGACGAUGUUUGCCAUGCCCGAGACGGCGAUCGGCCUUUUCCCCGACGUGGGAGGCGGUUAUUUCCUCCCGAGGCUUCAGGGCAAGCUGGGCCUGUUUCUGGCUCUGACGGGCUUCCGCCUCAAGGGCCGCGACGUGCACCGGGCUGGAAUCGCCACUCACUUCGUCGAGUCCAAGAAGAUGCCGGACCUGGAGAAGGAACUGGUGAACUUGAGGUCUCCCUCCGCUGAGAAUAUCUCCAGAGUGUUGGAGUCCUUCCAGAACGAGAGCAGCCUGGAUAGUGACAAGCCUUUUGUCCUGGAGAAGCAGAUGGCCGAUAUUGACAGGCUCUUCGACUCGGCCACGAUGGAAGGCGUCAUGCGCAACCUGAAGGCUGACGGCUCAGAGUUUGCAAAGAAACAAGCGCAGAUAUUGUCCAAGAUGUCUCCCACCUCCCUGAAAUUGACCUUCAAACAGCUGCAGCUCGGCGCCACGCUCAGCCUGCGGGACGUCUUGGUCGUGGAGUACCGCUUGAGCCAAGCCUGCAUGCGGGGCCGGGACUUCUACGAGGGCGUCCGAGCCGUUCUGGUGGACAAGGACCAGAAUCCCAAAUGGGAGCCGCCCGCCCUGGAGGAGGUUCCGGACGUCGACGUGGAGCGGUGCUUCUCCUCGCUUGGUGACACGGAUCUGACGUUGUGAUCGCGUCACCGGACAAUUUUCAACGGGUCCGUCGUCGUGACCGAUGAACUUUGGAUCAGGUAAUAA